UCACAUGAUUUUCACAAGCCUUUCAUUUGCGAUUUUGACAAUGGCGUCCCACACUUUGGCAAGGUUGUCGCUUCUUUUCGCUGCUUUUUAUUGCACUUUACACUGCUCUGAGCCACGAUCUUUUGUCAUCGAUUUCGAUAACAAUUGUUUUCUAAAAGAUGGAGAGCCAUUUCGUUACAUAUCCGGAAGCCUUCAUUACUUUCGUGUUCCGAGUUUCUACUGGAAAGAUCGACUCAUGAAGAUGAAGGCAGGCGGUCUGAACGCUGUUCAGACUUACGUUGCUUGGAACAUUCACGAACCAGUUCAUGGGCAGUACAACUUUGAUGGAGACGCAGAUAUUGUGAGUUUUAUUGAGCUUGCAAACAGCCUUGGACUCCUUGUAAUCGUAAGAGCUGGUCCAUACAUCUGUGCCGAAUGGGAGUUUGGAGGGUUUCCACCUUGGUUGUUGAAGUCGAACAUAUCAAUGAGUUUACGAUCUACGGAGAAUCCUCAGUACAUAAGCUAUGUCCAGUCCUGGAUGGGCGUUCUUUUGCCGAAGCUAAAACCUCUCUUGUAUGCAAAUGGCGGACCUAUCAUUUCGGUUCAAGUUGAAAAUGAGUAUGGUUCUUUCGUCGCUUGUGAUCACAAUUACAUGCAAUUUCUGCAGCAGCUUUUCCGCGAAUACCUUGGUAGUGAUGUAAUUCUUUUCACAGUCGAUGGUGAUUCGGAGGCUGACCUUCAGUGCGGUACUCUGCCAACACUGUACGCCACGGUAGAUUUUGGAGACAGCACAGACCCGGAAAAAGCAUUCGCAGUUAUGCGCAAAUUCUCCCCCAAAGGACCAUUGGUCAACACUGAGUUUUACCCAGGUUGGCUUGACCGCUGGAGUAUUCCUCACCAAACAAGAGAUGCAACAGAUGUGGCGAAAACUCUUGACAAGAUCCUGUCUAUGAACGCUUCAGUUAACUUUUACAUGUACGAGGGGGGCACAAACUUUGGUUUUAUGAAUGGAGCCAAGCCCAAAGACUUUUUACCAAGUAUAACUAGCUAUGAUUAUGAUGCUCCUUUGACAGAGGCCGGUGACACAUCAACAAAGUUCAGUAUCCUAUUGCAGACAAUUGCCAAGUAUGAGAUGAUUCCAGUUGGCCCAAUCCCUGCUAACACAACAAAGUUUGCUUAUGGAAAAGUCCAGAUGACUCUUCAGUCAACUUUACUUGAAGUUUUAUCAAAGCUUGCCCCCUCUGGCCCUGUGUAUUCAUCAAUUCCUUUAUCCAUGGAACAGAUUGGACAAAAUUAUGGAUUUAUUCUGUACAGAACACAAAUUCCAGAAUCAUUUUAUGAGUCUGGUACUGCUGUCCUGGAAAUCAGUGGCCAACUGCAUGACAGGGCAAUAAUUUACAUUGGAAGGGUCCGUCAAGCCACAUUAUUCCGUGAUCAAGAUGAACUCUCAGCCUCUGUUAAAAUUGGAAACUUUCUGCAGCUAGACAUUCUUGUAGAGAACAUGGGUCGCAGUAAUAAUGGAAUUGCUGAUCCUAAGGGAAUCAUUGGUAAUGUUACUUUGAAUGGAACGGUACUCAUACAUUGGCAGAUGUAUGCUAUAAAUUUGGACAAUCUGUUUUCAGAUUCUUAUGAGCUCUGUAUCAAAUCUGAUGACAACAAGAAGCAAAGAGAUAUGUUUAAUUCAGAUUAUGAAUAUGCUCCAUCCUUUUACUAUGGUGAAUUUCCCGUAAACUCUUCAUCUGACACAUAUCUUCAACUGCCAGGCUGGAACAAAGGCCAAGCCUUCGUCAAUGGCUUCAACCUGGGUCGAUACUGGCCUGUAGUGGGUCCACAGAACACAUUAUAUGUGCCUGCAAGUGUGCUUACAGCCAACCAGAAUGCAAGUGUGCUGAUAUUUGAACUAGAUCUUGCUCCAUGUGAAUAUCCAGAGGACUGUUAUGUUGAAUUUGUGGCAACCCCUUCCAUUAAUGGAGAAGUCCACCCAUUAGAUCAAAAAUUAGUGGGAGUUUGAUAUGCAUUCUUGCUGGAAAAUUACACAGACUGACCACUGAACACCUACUUUAAUAACUUAGAUGUAGAGUCAAUGCUUGUGAACAAUUAUAGGUGGAUAUCA